AUGGGCCCUCCUCCAAUCCAGCUCUUCCUCACCACGAUUGUCUCACAGACAGCUCUUCGCCAGCGGCAAGAGUACAUACUGCGCAUCUUGCAGGUCAAGAAAGUCCCAUUCACGUCCUACGACCUUGCCUCGGAUGAGGAGGCAAAGAAGCUCUGGCACAAACAACAACUUCCUGGCAUUCUGAUUGGCGGCGAAUUUCCAGGGACAUUUGACGAAUUCGAGGAAGCAGUAGAAUUCGAGGAGGUCGACCAGUUCCUUCGCCUGAAGGAGGAGUGGAAGCCCUUCGAGGAUGACAAGCCCACACUCCGCUCCCAACCCAUCGGUGUGCCUGGCGCGUACUCUCCCGCCCAGAUGCAUCCGCAUCACCAGCCCGCAAUCUCGCGAUCACCCUCUCCAUUGAAGAGCAAGGACAAGGCGAUCAACAGCAAGGACAAGGUGAUCAACAGCAAGGAUACAAAGAAGAUCGAUGCUGGUGCUGAGCUGGGAGAUUCGAGACUGCAAGGAGUAAAUGUCACCGAAGAUGACCUGUUGGCAUUGGUUGAGGAGUUGGGGCUUGGAGGGGACGAGGCCAACGAUCUUGUAAAGGGACUUACAGGAGAGACUAGAUCUACCGGUAAAGAUGGCAGCAGCAAAGCCCAGGAGAAGCAUGAAGAAGUAGGAUCAGGAACAAAGGCUGAUGCGGGUCAAAGCGAGACAGCUUGA